UCAGCAACUCGAACGUGGGGUCAUCCAGUCCAGUCGCAGACUGCUGUUUAACAAAAUUAAUGCGAAGAUUCCCAUUUACAUGAGGGUGUAACUUAGAAUAUAGGCUAGAUAUAUUCUUAAUAUAUAUAGGCUAUCGUUUCCUUGAAAUUCAGAAGAAAUUGCAACCUCACUCGUAAGAGCCCACAUGCAACCAGCCUGUUUGGAAUGCCGAAAAUGAACUUCUUUCCGCUGGUCUUCCUGUGCAUGGAUGUGUGUGUGGUGCAGACAGUCCGCUUGUCCCAACUCUCUCCUCUCCUCCUCCCUCAUCCCCUUAUCACCUUGUGGGGUGGAAGCCUGCUCCGUGCCGGCCUCCACCUCUUUCUCACCUUCAUGUUCCCUGGAAGUCCCCCAUGGAUGAGCAGCUUCGAGGGACUCCAGAGCAUGGGGGUCCUCUGCUUCCACUGCCCACUCUACAUCAGCCUUCUCUGGGCAUGUGGCCAGUCCAUCUUGGGGCAGCUAUGGGGAUGGCACUCCUGGCAGGGGCUACUUCAGGGCUACUGCGUAACAGUCGUAGCAUGGUUGUACUGGACACGCUACGUCCCUUCUCUUAUUACCAAGCCAACCAAGGAACCACAGAAGAAGACUGGGGCCUCUCUAGAGAAACUGAUGGGAUACAUGAAGCCUUACAUCAUACGCUUCGGAGCAGUGCUGAGUCUUGUCGUCAUCUCUUCCCUUGGUGAGAUGGCUAUUCCCCACUACACCGGCCGAAUGACAGACUGGAUCAUGAAUGAAGACGAGCCUGAAGCCUUCACUUACGCCAUCACAGUCAUGUCUCUGAUUACAGUCAUGAGUGCUGUGUGUGAGUUUGUGUGUGAUCUCAUCUACAACAUCACCAUGAGUCGCAUACACACCUCCAUCCAGGGCCUAGUCUUCCAGUCAGUGCUGAAGCAGGAGAUCGCUUUCUUUGACAAAGCACAGACAGGUGACCUUGUGUCACGCAUCACCACGGACACCAACGACAUGAGUGAGUCUCUGAGUGAGAGGUUGAGUCUGCUGAUGUGGUACUUCAUGCGUGUCACUUUCCUCUUCAUCUUCAUGCUCAAUCUCUCCUGGAAGCUGUCACUCUUCACCGCUAUGGGGCUUCCUAUCAUCUGGGUCAUACCAAAGAUAUCCGGCAAGUGGUACCAGGAGCUCGGUGCGAAGGUUCAAAAGUCACUAGCCCAGGCCAAUGAUGUUGCCACGGAGACCUUCUCCUCCAUGAAGACAGUGCGCAGCUUUGCCAAUGAGGAGGGCGAGACAGAGCGCUACAGGAAGAGGCUGGAGAAGACCUACUCUCUGAAUAAAGAGGAAGCAGCAGCCUACGCAGCCUCGACCUGGACCAAUAGCAUGUCAAGCCUGUUCCUGAAGGUCAGUAUCCUGUACUAUGGUGGUAGUCUGGUGACAGGGGGGACCGUCAGCAGUGGGGACCUUGUGGCCUUUGUGCUCUACGAGCUCCAGUUCUCCUCUGCUGUGGAGUCUGUGAUGUCGUGUUACCCAAGUGUGAUGAGGGCGAUCGGCGGCUCAGAGAAGAUAUUUGAGUAUGUGGACCGACAGCCCCAGGUUCCUCCAGAAGGCUCCCUUGCCCCACAGAAACUUGAGGGACAUGUUCAGUUCAAGAAUGUCACAUUUACCUACCCUACCAGGGAAGAUACACCUGUGCUCAAGGGCCUGUCUCUGGAGCUGAGGCCUGGGCAGAUCACUGCCCUGGUGGGGGCUUCUGGAUCAGGGAAGAGCACCUGUGUGAGCCUGCUGGAGAGGUUCUACCUGCCCCAGGAAGGAGAGAUCCUAUUGGAUGGAAAGCCACUGCACAGCUACAAGAACCAGUACCUACACGACAAGAUCAGUGUGGUGAGUCAGGAGCCGGUGUUGUUUGCACGUUCUGUCAAGGAGAACAUCAAAUAUGGCCGAGAGGACGCUUCCGACGAGGAGAUAUACCGGGCUGCUGGGCUGGCCAAUGCCCACAAGUUCAUCUCUGACCUGCCCAAGGGCUAUGAUACAGAUGCCGGGGAGAAGGGAGGCCAUGUUUCAGGAGGGCAGAAGCAACGCAUAGCCAUCGCCAGAGCUCUGAUCAGACAGCCUCGGAUUCUAGUACUGGACGAUGCCACCAGUAACUUGGACACCGAGAGCGAGCAUUUGGUCCACCAAGCUCUGCUCAAGGACUCAAACCCCUGCUCCGUGCUGUUGAUUGCUCAUAAGCUGAGCACUGUGGAGAAGGCCAAUCACAUUGUUGUUCUCGAGGAGGGAAAGGUGCUAGAGGAGGGGAGCCAUGUUGAGCUGCUGGAGAAAGGUGGAACCUAUGCUGAUCUGGUGAACAAGCAGAAUACUGGCUUCCAGCGCAAAGAAGGGGAGGAGCUGAAAGACUAAAACAAAGGCUCCGACAAUCCUCAAUGUAAACUGAAAUCCCACUUCUGUCACCAUCUCACAUUUUCACCAUUUAUUUUGGUACCCAUUUUCAUGAUAUCCAAUUGGUAGUUACAGUCUUGUCCCAUCACUGCAACUCCCGUAGGGACUUGGGAGAGGCGAAG